AUAAGUUCCUGAACACCCAAAAAGAUGGGGUGGUAGCGGGAAGCCUUGCAGAACCCAGCCGACAUGGAGGGAUUGCUCAGCUAUCUGUACACCACUAGUCUUGAUGGUGUUUGAGGCAAUCACAUCGGACGGCAAGAUGCCCCCGAUUUUCUUGGAGAAAGUCAGGGUGGAUAGCAAGACCUACUUUAAAGGCGUGUUGGAGAAGGAGGAACUCCCCUGGGCAAAAUCCUUUUCGUUAAUAGGACAUGGACUUAUCAGCAGGGCUCAACUCCAGCACACAAGACUGGUGCGGAACGCACUUCCCAGACCUCAUCUCGUCGGACGAUUGGCCCCCAAACAGUCCAGUCCCAAAUCCAUUGGACCAUUCCGAUCAGUUCUUAAGACGAAAGCCUGCUCUACUAAGCAUAGAAGUUUGGAUGCUCCACGUGCAACCCUCGUUGAAGCAUGGGAGGAUUCGGACGAAGGCUACCUCCGUGCCGCUGUCGACGCAUCUCCUAGGAGAAUUUCAGCCUGUACUCGCGCAAAAGGAUGCCAUUUCGAGAUCUAG